GAGUACGUGUAAGCACAACAAACGACUCUCAUUAGUCGUUAUCGCUUCUUUUUUUUUCCAACUCACGCGACUGGCCGCCCGUCCACCGUCAACAAAUCGGAGAUGUUAUGAAUGAGUGCAACCGGUCCGCACCAAGGGGACGCCAGCAGGAGUAAUAUAGUGAGAGGCAGGAAAUUGGGGAACGUCAUUAGUAGGCCGAGCUUAUCGCGACAGGUUUCGUCGAUUGUUUUUCGUGGGUUUGUUUACUUCUCGCUCGUACAGACAUGAACCCGUGUGUGAUUCCCGAACCGGCGGACGACGUCGUGGGGGAUGGCAGGUGGAAAUCGAUGCACAAUCGUUACGUCCAGCAGGCAAAAUCUAGUGAACCGGAAGUACUGUUCAUUGGAGAUUCUAUAAUACAACAAUUACAAUUUAGCACAUUAUGGACUGAAAAAAUUAGCUCUCUGCAUUGUAUAAAUUUUGGAAUAGGAGGUGACAGAGUUGAAAAUGUGUUGUGGAGGAUUCAGAAUGGAGAAUUGGAGUUCAAUACGAAAAUAAAGGCCGUUGUGUUAUUUGUAGGCACGAAUAAUAUCACAGACUGUACGCCUCACGAAAUAUUCGAAGGGAUUGUAGAGAUAAUCAAGGAGAUUAAGCAUAGACUGGGAAAUGUUUUAAUUGUUGUACCCACCCUUCUGCCCAGAGGUCAGUACCCCAACCCGUACCGGGACAGAAACGACCACGUCAACACCUUCCUCUUAGACAAGUUCUGCGACGAAGUCAACGCUGACGAGACCACGGAGAACGUGCACAUCGUCGUCAUAGACGACCACAUAGUAGGCAACGACCAGACGAUAUCCCACCACAUCAUGCACGACUACCUCCACCUGACCAACAGCGGAUACACGAAAAUCUUUUCGAAAGUGUACGAAAAGUUGUGCGAACUACUGAAAAUCACCCCCACUAAGUGAACUAGUAUUACCGCAAUUGUAUUCCGUCUAUGCAAUGCUGUGUUUUGUAUUUAUUUUUGUAUUUGUUAGCAUGUAUUUUUGUAUCGGAUACUAUACGUACUAUGGAUCGUGCAUUAAAGUAAUGUUAAUCAUGA